GUCAACAUUGGUUUUUCUCUGGACAGUCAGAGAACAUGAAAAUACACAGAAAGAGAAUCUUUAGAAUGAAGCUCUAAUGGAGGACAAGAAAGCUCUCGUAAUUGCUGCUUCAACAGUCAUUGCCCUCAUCUUAGUUAUCAUUAUUGCUCGUGUCUCACUCAAACUUUCCAAAGUUUUCUUCCUAAUUGCAGGGGCAGAUAUCGCAGUGAUCCUUUUUGUUUUCGCCUAUUUAAUAAUCAGAAGGCGUUACGAUCGCAGAAGAAAGUUGUUGGAGACACAACUGAGCUCAGCAGGCAGAGAGCUUCGGAUAGAAUAUAGCUUCCUUAGAAGAGUUGCAGGAGUUCCCAUAAAGUACAGAUUCAAGGAACUUGAAGAAGCAACCGACAAUUUCCAAUCGUUUUUAGGCAAAGGAGCAUCAGCUUCUGUUUUCCAAGGCAUACUAAAUGAUGGUACUGCUGUUGCUGUGAAGAGGAUCGACGGCGAGGAACACGGCGAAAAAGAAUUCAAAUCAGAAGUUUCAGCCAUUGCUAGUGUGCAACAUGUAAAUCUUGUACGCCUUCUUGGUUUCUGUAUUGUUCCUGGAGGGCCUCGACACCUUGUUUAUGAGUUCAUUCCGAAUGGUUCACUUGAUAAUUGGAUCUUCCCUGGAAGAAGAAGAAGUGGGAAUUCCCGAGGGGGUUGCUUGUCGUGGGAUUUAAGGUAUAGAGUUGCCAUUGAUGUGGCCAAGGCACUUUCUUAUCUUCAUCAUGAUUGCAGGUCAAGGAUAUUACAUCUUGACGUCAAGCCAGAAAACAUACUUAUCGAUGAGAAUUAUCGAGCAAUUGUGUCAGACUUUGGUCUAUCAAAGUUAAUGAGAAGAGAUGAAAGCAGAGUUGUUACAACAGUCCGGGGCACAAGAGGUUAUUUAGCCCCAGAGUGGCUGUUGGAGCGUGGAAUUUCGGAAAAAUCUGAUAUUUAUAGUUAUGGGAUGGUUCUUUUAGAAAUGAUAGGAGGGCGAAGAAAUGUUUGCCUGAUUGAACAAGGCAAUGACAAGUCCAAAAGGAAAUGGCAAUACUUUCCGAAAAUUGUAAAGGAGAAAAUAAAAGAAGGGAAGCUUAUGGAAGUUGUUGACAAUAGACUGAUUGAAAAUGGACUGAAAAUUGAUGAGAGGCAGGUAAAGAGAUUGAUUUAUGUAGCUUUUUGGUGCAUACAGGAGAGGGCUAGGCUGAGGCCUAGUAUGGCUCGGGUAGUGGAAAUGCUCGAAGGGCGUGUAACAGUAGAUGAGCCACCGGAGACCGAAAUGGUUAUUGUUGAUUUGUUAUCAAUUGAUGAAGAAGAUCAACCUGAUGGUGGUGACCAUGGCAAGAAAAAGAUUGCAUCAUUGUCUCCUGAAGUUGAUACAACUCUUCCCACUACAUCAACAUGCUCUUACGCCAUGUCAGUUCUCUCCGGAAGGUAGCUUUAAGAAUGUUGCCUGACUUUGGUUCUCUUUUUGGUAAUCUGUAAUUUCUUUUUGUGGUUUACAUCGAUAUUUUACUAAAUUUUUUUCUUGACAAAAGUUUAUGGAAAUAUGAAGAUUAUAGAAUACAAGAUCUUUGAAUAGGUGUAAUGUCACUUUGU